AUUUCCGUACUCUGGGUGGAUCUGAAGCACAGAACAGUUUUGUAGAUAUUUGUGAUGGCAUUGAGCAGCAUCAUGAACUGAAUCAGGAGACGAUCCAAAAUCAGCAGGCUGAUAUAGAGCCAUUCAAUGUCUCGCCUGCACCAGAUUUGACGGAGCAACCUUACUGGGGGAGUGCGUCGCCUGAGGUAGAAAAUCCGCAGGUCCAGUCAGAUAAUAUACCGCACAUAGAGCCACCAGCAGAGGUGCUAACAAAAAAGCAGCUUAAAAAGAAACAGAAAGCGAAGAAAAAAAAGCAGUUGCAACAGCUAGAGCAACAGGAAUUCGAACAGCAGCAGCAACAAGAAAGACAGCAACAAUUACUCGCAGAACUACCACCACAAGAAGCAGAACAAAACACUAACGAUCAGAGUCGCAAACGCAGAGCAUCAAAUCAUUCAGAAGAUGAAGAACGCAGAGUGAGACAGGAAUUGGUGGGCAGUGGCAGUUGUGCACUUGAAGAAGAGGAAGUCAAACCAGGUAAAGAGGAAUUGCAACAGCAAGCCGAGCAAAUAGCUGUGCAAUCACGCGCAAUCGAUGCACAAUCAUCGCAUCCAGCUAGUCGUCCUGGUGCAGCUAAUUUACCUGCAGAAUCGGCAGUUCAUGUCGCACCAACACCCCCACCACUGUCACUAUCAGAAAACACUAAGAGCCCUCUCACGAAUCUCUACUCAAAGUCUGCGUUUGCACCGUACGCUCACCUCUUUAGAACCCGUCAAAGUAAUAUAAACUUUCGUGUAGCUAAUAGCCUGGUUUCACAGGGAAGGCUCUUUAAAGUCUCCCCAGAAUCACUUUAUUGCGGUCUGGAAAUGCCAUAUUGGUUCGCGUAUGUCGCCAUUGAAAACAAUUCUUUGAUUGUAUACGCAAAACAUCAACAGAAUAUUCAGGCAGUCUGGCUCAUUCCUUUCACGAGUUUGAAAGGUGUCGGUACUUCAAGUUUCAAUGAUAGUAGUUAUGAAGAUACGGUUAUGCGCUUACAUAUCAAACUUGACACACCUGUAGCUGAAUAUAUUAAUGAGACAAAUGCAAAACGGCCUCUGAGAGUAUCUCAUGAUAUUCUUGCAUUUAGGAUAAAGUCACAUAAAUAUUUCAACUUCCGAGCAUUCGACAACUUCGUUAAUGAUAUACUGGAUUAUGCAGAAAGCGAACAUCUGAAUAUAUACAAGACAACGCAUAAACAAUUCUAUGAAGAUCUCGACUGGAGAUAUAAAAAUAGAAGUAAUAUUACUGUAAUGUAAUAGUUUCCUUA